AUGACAGCCGUCCUCUCCAGCGACGACAGUUACUUCUCUGCUCCGAUGCGGCGCUCUCACUCCCAGUCCAACCUGGGCAGCGGCUCAUUGUCAUCAUAUCACCACAUGGCCGACCUGUCAAAUCCAUACGCUCAUCCUCCUAACAAGUCCUUUUCCGACUCCGACCACUCCUCAGCGCCUUCGUCUCCUCGCACCGCCCACAUCGAAUCGGCAGACGUCUCUUACACAUCUACUCCCUCCAGCAACCUCUCCGUUGCCUCCGAUUUCGAGGAGACUCUGUCUAUAGACGAGGCUCCCGAGGACCACUUCGGCCUGCCGCCCUUCACGGCCGACAAGCUCUACUUGCACCCGCAGAUUCGCCCAGAUGACAACCUGGAGCCUCCGCCGAGUCCUCGCACCGGGGACUCCUACAACGUCUCGCCUGUCGAACACACUAGCUCCGUCAGCACCUCACGGCCAGACAGCCCCCAUCUCAGCGACCAUGCUGAAGAUGACACGGCUAUUGCGACCAAGCCGUCCCGCCAAGUCGACUACCUGUCCCACGAUUGGAGGGAAGAGGACAUUUGGUCAUCGUGGAGGUAUAUAAUAUCAAAAAGAGGAGAAUUCCCCAACAGUGCCAGGCUGGAGAAUGCUUCUUGGAGAACAUGGAUGAAGGCCAAGAACAACCUGAAGACGAUAUCUCCCGAGACACUUAACUGGCUAAAGGACUACGACGUUACUUGGCUCUACGGCCCUCUCCAGUCUGGAAAGCGCAACAUGUCUGCUAACAAGACAGGCCCGUCCAGCGUGUCAUUAUCAAAAUCAAGCUCUCUAGUCAACCUGAACAAGAAGACCAUUCUCAAGAAGAGGAGCAUGUCGGAAAUCAUGCUCCAGAGGUCGCUGUCGAGUGCAUCUCUUCUCAAGCAGGCCGCCGCCGCCGUUCACGCUCAGGAGUACCGGAAAAGCGCAAUGCGGCCUGGCCUCGGGCGGGCACACACAGAUUACGUCUCGCUUUCCUUCUCCUCCAGGCGCAUGAGCCACGAAAACAGCAGCGCCUUCGCUACGUCUACAGAAUCUUCGAGCAUUACGUCACCUUGUCCCGAGCGCAAGCAUAUUCACUUUAACGAACAGGUGGAACAGUGCAUCGCCGUCGACGUCAAGGGCGAAGAUGAUGACGAUGUCGACGUGGACAUGGAUGUCUUUGGUGACGAGAGCGACUCCGACGAUGGGGUCAUGAUGAAGCGGGUCAGGUCAAAACGACGCCCAUUGAUCAAGCAGCGCGCGCAAAAGAAGUCAUAUACUGCCGAGGGCAAGAUCAUCGCCAUGCUCCCGUCUACAACGCUCAAAUACCAGGAAGACAGCCCGGAUUCGCGUGAUUCGGCCAUGAAGCACAGCACUGGCGCCCGCAGCCCCCUUCUAUCCCCAUCAUCCUCUCAGGAGACGCUUCGCCCUUCCAAGCCGUCCGGUGGCUUUUUCUUUGACGAAGACGAGGACGAUCUCGAUGCAGCGAUUCAGGCCCCCAGCGUUGGCUGGCUCUCCCCACCGAAGGACACUGGUGCUGGCGGAUUGCACAGAUCAACAUCGUCAAACAGUCUCCUUGAGGAACCGGCGGGCAUGCGUCGAACGCCGUCGGGCAUGUUCAUGCCAUGCGAUGAACCCGAGACGUCAUCCAGCAGCGAGGGCAUCUUCGGCCGGGUCAUCGAUACCGUCAACACCGCCCGCGACAUUGCCCAUGUCAUUUGGAACGUCGGGUGGCGAAAAUAA